AAGCCGCAAGCCACACCUAUCUGUCUAGUACGUCAGUGCAGCUCCGCCUCUUUCUCUCCCUGUCGCUGUUACUUGUUCUCCCCCUCCUAGAAGCUGCGGGUCAGUCUACAACCGCUCUCUGCGCGCAGCCUGAGCCUUGUCCCGAGGCACCGAGAGGAACAGGGCGAGUGCCGGGGAUUCCUGAGGCCGACCAGUCAGCUGUGACAGUGAAGCGAGCGCCGCUCAGCCGCCACCAUGGGAAAUGAAGCAAGCUAUCCACUGGAAAUGUGCUCGCAUUUCGAUGCGGAUGAGAUCAAAAGGCUAGGGAAAAGGUUCAAGAAACUGGAUUUAGACAACUCUGGUUCCUUGAGUGUGGAGGAGUUCAUGUCUUUGCCAGAGCUUCAACAGAACCCUCUUGUACAGCGAGUAAUAGACAUAUUUGAUACAGAUGGAAAUGGAGAAGUAGACUUCAAAGAGUUCAUCGAAGGAGUGUCCCAGUUCAGCGUCAAAGGUGACAAGGAGCAGAAACUGAGGUUUGCUUUCCGUAUAUAUGACAUGGACAAGGAUGGCUACAUCUCCAAUGGUGAGCUCUUCCAGGUACUGAAGAUGAUGGUGGGAAACAAUCUCAAAGACACUCAGUUACAGCAAAUAGUAGACAAAACCAUUAUCAAUGCAGAUAAAGAUGGAGAUGGAAGAAUAUCUUUUGAAGAAUUCUGUGCUGUCGUAGGAGGCUUAGAUAUCCACAAAAAGAUGGUGGUGGAUGUGUGACCGACCUGAGAAGCGCCCAACACACUUGCUUUCUUCUCCAUCUCUGAAGAUCUGCUCAAGACGUCCAGCAACGCUCUCUGUGUAUUUUCAAUGGAAGUAUUUUUCUCUGUGAAGCCACAUUUUCCAACAUGAGCCUCAUGAAGCCAACUUAGUGUUAUUGAAUUUUUUUUUUUUGAUUCUCUCAAUAACUUCAGUGUAGCACUUUAAACAGUCUGAAGGACAGCCAGAUGGGGAAGAGCGCCUCCGUGUGGUGGUGAAAAGAAAAGGGAAGUUGGUUUUUUAUUUAUUUUUAUUUUUUUUCCCUUCAUCUUUUAUAACAAGAAAUAUAUAUAUAUAGCUUUCUAUGUAGUCAUUAGGCGGGCUUUAAUUUAAUAUACUUGAGUCGAACCAAACUAGAGUACAAGUGCCAAGCAGAACAUACACCGAUCAGGACAUGACGGCGACGAUCCUUUACUUUUAUGUCACACGGUUUUAUACGAGGCAGGAGAAUGUCGACUUUUUAUCCCGCCGUCGGGUCAAAUUGUCGCUUUGCUGCGAUCAUUUAACUGCCUUCCGGUGAUUCUCAUUCAUUUUAACACAGGAAAACUAUUGGUUAAUGUUAUACAUGUGCUGUUCUGUUAGCAGGGACUGUGUGUGUAUCUUGCUUUACUGCCAAUCGCUCGUCUGUGUUCAUAGCAACCACAUAGCAACCAGGCUACAUUUCACCCUUUUUUUAAUUUUUAUUGUAAAUUUGGCUGCAAGAAGCGCACAGAAAAACCUUCUCUCUCUCCGGCAUUUAACCUGGUCAUGGCGGUGUCUUAUAGCAGGUUAGAAAUGCAGGCUGCUUGUUGGUAACGCGGGUUCCCUUUUGUUUCCAGGCAAGUUGAUUUAUAACAUUUAAGCUAGAAAUUACCGGAGGCAGCCAUUAAUAAUGAUAUAUAUGUGUAUAAUUAUAUACAUAUGCUCUUCAUGUCCAUGUGUCUGUGUUACUACUUCAUACGUGUGAUGUAAAAGUAGAGAAAUAAGUUCUCUUCCUGGAGCGUUCUCACCUCUCCUAUAUCUGCUCUGCUACUAUUGGCUGGAAGAUAGAAAUAAAAAAAAAAAAAAUGAAUUCCCCCUAAAACCCCAAACCCUAGUUUCAAGGCAUUUUCUUUUGUUUUUCCUUCUUUGGCUUUGGAAGUGGCCCGUUGGCGACCAUUGGCCGACGCAUUUAAGUGCUCGUUCCACCAUAUUGUUACGCACGGAGCUGCCAUUGCUGUUCCUUCGACUCGUGUGCUGCACAAAUAAGGCUCUUUCAGUGCGAGAGAUCAAGGUGCUUGGUGUCCUUGCAUGACAUGGAGUUUUGCAUGUAGAUCGAUUGAAAUGUUCCUCUUGUUUACAUCAUUUGCAUUAUAUAUAUAUAAAUAUAUAUAUAUUUGAGAAAACCGGAAAAAAAAACACAAAACGUUGCCAAACUUUGGUACAUGUUAAUGUUCAACCAAUAACGAGAAGAAACAUGUAAGUUCCUCCCCCCCGGGGUCAGUGUGUGUGGUUUGCUCCCAGCCGCUGGUUGUCUGUUCCAGGGUCACUUGCCAUGUACUCUGGACUAACUAGUCCUUUUGUGAAGUUUUUUCUCUCUCCUUGUUUUGUACAUAAGUUGUGUUAUAUCUAUAUAUACAUUUUAGCAAAGGCUUUCUGUUUCUCUCGCUUGUGCAUUUCUCGGCUGGCGUAAAAAAAAAAAAACUAAAAAAAACAAAAAGGGCAACUUUUUUCCUUAAUGGAGGUUUUUUGUUUUUUUUAUUUCUAUUUUUCUUAGUUUGUGUGGGGAAAUGGGGUUUUUUUUUUUUUCUUUUUUGUUUUUUUGGGAAUGAUUCAAAUUUUUUUUUUUUCUCCUGCAUGCUCCGGAACUGGUAGAGUCUGUAGUAAUCUUCAUACUGUAUCAAUAAAAACAUGAAACUUGUUAA